UGAAUGCAUCAUUAAGUGACUGGACUGGGCAAUCAGAGUGAGUCUCUUCUCUGUGCAUUACGGUACAAGGGUUGGCCCUCAUCUGGUCCACCUGCCACUGGGGUUUAAAGUUUCAGCCCAUCGGGAAAUACAAUGACUUGGAUCAAACUGCCUGGAGGGAAAGCCUGAUUAUAUCAGGGAAGUGGAUAAACAGUAGCUAUAUUGGGAGACCACGGAGAGACAUCUCCGUAGGCGCGCACAUGACAGGCUGUAAGCUGCUCAGCGUGUCUCCUAGAAGCCCAGGACACUAAGGAAGCAGCAGACACAUGACUACAUGGGGGGAGAAAAAACAGCCAGGAGUCUGCUGUAUCUGGUCUUGGCUCCUUCCAGAAGGACAGAUCCUAUGCAAUGAACAGCCCGGCGCAAUUCACCAGCUAACGCCACAAAAGCAGCAAGCAUAAGGAGGAAGGGAGCAGCCUCUCUGCUGGGCAAAUCGGUUUUUUGUUUUUUGUUUUUUUGCUUCCGAAACAAUUUCUUGCUUUGCGGCUGGUGACAGCGUGCGCGUCCGGGGACAAGGGGAGGGCGAGAGACAGAAGUGGUUUGCAAAUCAAACAAUGCUGCGGGCGACCAGCUACUCCUCAUGUCUCCUGCCAGUCACCUGUCUGGCUUGUCCGCCCCUCGCGGUGCUGCUGCGGUGGAUCACAGAGACGCUGCUGGCAUGGAGAGGUUGGUGAGCCCGGGCCACUGCGGCUAGUGCUGGCUCGUCCGCUGCGCCUUGCACCGCCCUCAGUCCGGAAAGCCUCGCUGCGGACCAGCCAUGGAAGAGGGCCCCCUGCCAGACCUGCGAGACAUCGAGCUGAAGCUGGGGCGCAAAGUGCCCGAGAGCCUGGCGCGCUCCCUGCGCGGGGAGGAGCCCGCUGCCCGGGACCGGAGCGGCGGAGGGGGCAGCGGCUUCUGCCCUGCUUCAGCCCCUGGGGCCUCCCGGCUCAGCAGCAGCGCCAGUGCCCUGGCGAGACUGGAGACCAAACUUCACCUCCUCAAGCAGGAGAUGGUUAAUCUCCGAGCCACUGACGUCAGGCUCAUGCGCCAGCUGCUCAUCAUCAAUGAAAGCAUUGAAUCAAUAAAGUGGGUGAUUGAAGAGAAGGGAGCCAUCAUCAGCAGAGGUAGCAGUUUGAGUGGCAGCCUUUGCAGCUUGCUGGAAAGUCAGGAGACCUCCCUGCAAGGCAGCUAUAACAGUUUACAAGACUGUAGUGAUGGCCUGGAUGGAAUAUCAGUGGGGAGUUAUCUGGACACUUUGGUGGAUGAUGUCCCAGGUCACCACACACCUUCAGAUAUGGAACAGUUCACUGAUACUUCUAUUCUAGAGGAUUCACAGACCCUGCACAAGCAUCCCAAAAUUGAGUCUGAUGAAUACUACUGUUUUGGUUAAUAAAAAGAAGUUCCAGAGGGACAUGAGUGCACUUGUAUUUAUCUUCUUUCUUUGCUGCUAUUUUAUUUUGUGUGCAAAAGAAAAAAUCCCUUUUUAAAGGAAAAUUUACUUUGAAUCCACUUUAGAAUUUUGCUGUUGCUUCUAACUUUCCUCAUUCUGGGUGGUUUGUUUGCUUUUUUCCCUUUUCUUUAUCUUAAUUUAUUGCUGUGGUUUUGGGUUUUGUUUUAUAAUCCCAUAUUUACAACUUUAAAAAAGAUGAAGGAAAUAAGCUUUUAUCUUCAAAACAAGACAUCAGGGAUUGAAAGUACCAGUUUAUAUUUGUUUGACAAUAAAACACCUACUGAUACCUGUA